GAAUCAUUCAAUGACUCUUGCUUUCCGCCUUCGCUAAAGUGCAGGUCGAUCCGUCUUUCUUUUCUACCGACUUGCUGCCUGGCUUUUCUAUUUGGCCCUUCACCACACGACCAUCAUCCAGGACCCAGCCUCACAAGCCUGACCACCCAUUUCUCCACCUGCAUCGCCAGGCGUGACCGUUUUCCAACCACGAAUCACAUGCGGCCACCGUCAUAUGCCUGCGACUCGAGACCACUGUGAACCUCACACUCAACCCUUUGCUGAUAACCGUCCUACGUCGCAACCAUGACUCCUUCAUCUACCUAGUCGACCCACUGCCAUCGCUAGAGCUAUUGAACACACCUUUGUUCUCAUCGAAUACCCUUGAUUGCUACAUUCCCUCGCCAAUAGCCUUGCCAGUAAACUCUCCUACACACACCGUGGGCUUUUGAAAGCAUGGACGGCUAUCGGAUACCUGCGAUUCACCAACCAGCUCUCCCCAGCUAGACAGACAUCGUGCCUCUGCUCUUGGUAUCUCUCCUACUCAGCCCAUUCACACCAUGCAUCAACAUCCACGCCCUCCCCCCGCCUCUGCCUCCCCUGCCGCCUCAGAACAAACCAACCCUACCCGCACCAACAACCCCAGAGAUCGCGACGUCCAGGCACUCCGAACAGAUUCACCUUUGACCCAGGGCUCUGGCUCUUCCGAAGACUUUGCUGCAGCACGGCAAGAACAACCUGCGGACAAUACCGCCGGCCAGAUGCAGAGACUCAACCAGGUUGUCCAGAACUUCCAUACCAAGGCCGCUUUGAUCAUUCUCCACUCCAGAGUCGAAUUGUCCCCGGCCUACUCUCAGAAGACGGACUCAAAACGAGUCAACCGAUGGUUUAACCUCGAUGUGGAAGAGACAGAGGACUACAAGGAUCAUAUCAAGAGGUGGAAGACGUGUGAUGUGGAAGGGAACCGACCUGCUCCUCUGGUCAUCGAGAUCUUCCUGACGACGGAGCCUCUGCAGCAAGGCCAACGACUCGUCAUUGUCGACGAGGAUGGGAAAAGAUGGGAUGUACAGAAUACCUUAUCAGCGGCUCACAAUACUUCUCACUCCAGCCAGCGGCGGUCGACGGAUGCGAACGAAAUCCUCCUCGAACGGUGGACCAUCGAACUAGGUGAUGCCAACGGGCCGAUGCCCUCGGACUUGGCAACCCUUCUGCCCUUGGUAUACAAGAAGAGCAUCGUCCUGUUCCGGUCCCUCUACACCUAUAGCAACUUUCUACCCGCAUGGAAACUGGCUAGAAAGGUCGGCAAAGGCCGGGCACAUAUGGCGUUAAAGCUGGGCUAUCGUCUAGUCGACGGAUCACGCCUGAGGAAUCAAUCACGUUCAGACAAUCUCAAUCUGAGACUCUUCGACAGCAAUUCUGAUGUCGUUUUGCUCUACGACUUCGGCUUGACCGACUCGCCUGCAGGGCCGUUUUCGGUCAAGGUGGAAUAUCGACAGCACUGCGACUUCCGGAUAGACGACUCUGAAGAGUUGUUGAGUUCCAGGUUCUUAGGAGCCGAUGAUGAACUGUUCAGACCGUCCCUUCCUGCCGAUCGGACUUCUCGGACUGAACUCGGCUCGUUACCUAACGACCGACGGCAAAAUCUGUUAGAACGCCCGGAACUUGGACUUGCAUACGGCAGUUUGUCGACUUUUCACCAAGCGGGAAUUGGCACAGGCACCAGUCCAAUAUCUGCACUGCGGAAUGCUCAGGAUUUCAAUGCAAGCUCACCGCCUACACCUGAAUCACCCAGGCCAGCACAUGCCCACGCUGUCUCACAAAGUUCACGCAACUCUCUGCGCGCGGUGGCAGCCAACCGAAGGAGCUCUUUCUCUGUACAACCCUUCAAGACACCAACACUCUCAGCUUCACCCUUGGGGUCGUCUCCUCUUGCAUCGUCACCGCGCACGCACGUUGUUAGACCUCCUGCCCUGGGCUCUCUAACGGAAGAGCGUAUCCCAACCUCGACUGCUACUGCUGCCGCAGUUGCUGGUAGACGAACCGGGUCGCUUGUUUCGGAACAUGCCGUUGCGUCUUCAGCAUCUAGCUCACCAAAACCUGCUCCGACCAGAUACAGUAGCAGCUUUAGCCAUCGACGGGCACGCCUGUCCUCUGGCGGCACCACCGUCCGCACAGACGACGAUCAGAACAGCAGUGGUCGGGCCAGCGCUUCAUCUUCUGCUCAGCCUGGGUCAGGCCUGAUGACAGAAGCAGCCACUGGUGGUGGAAGUUCGGGCUCUGUAGCAGAAGAUGAUGGCGAAAACAUUUCAGAUUUCCUGAAGAUGCUGGAAUUACAGAAAGACCUGUUGGGAUCUGUAUCCUCGGCUACUGUGGAGGCAAAUACAAGACGGACUGCAGCAGCGUUGAACCGCUUUCACCGAUUGCGAGACUCCAACACGGCAUUGUCUGAGUCUAUGUCCUCGUCAAUGAUGCUCCAGAGGUCGUCGGCAUCUUCCAGUCGGCAACUGUCUGGUGUUCCACCCAUGGUAGCCGCAACUUCAGUCUCGACAUCUUCUUCCCCUGGAAAGCCGAUCUCGCCUCAUACGCCUCAUACUCCAUUUGCGCCUUCCAGGCUCAGUGCUGCUUAUAGCCAUGACGACACGGACCCGACGCAUCUCACUGUCGAGGAGACACCUUCGCCGUCUGAUGCAGCCACAGAAGAGACUGCACAAGGCCGCUCGACUGCCAAUGUUCCUGCUAUUGACAUUCCUAACUCCCCGAGACCGUUCCUACCAGGCUACCAGCGUUCGAGCUCAGCCCAGCGCCGACCUUUGAGCUCUGACGAAGACAUUGCUGAUCUGUAUGGCAUGCGAAGUCACAGCAUGGGAGCUGACCGAAGGAACAACCGACCAGAAUCUGGCCCUCAAGAAGAGGGGGAUGAAUCGGCCAAUGCUGAACACAGACCACGGACGAAUUCAUCUAGAGCCCUUGACAGGGGUUCGCAGGUGCAUCGACAUUCCGGUCUAGCCACAGUGGUUACCGAUGGUGGUGCUUCGGAGCCUUCCUCCAACCGUUCUUCUGUCACUGCCCAUCGUUCCCGGGGUACUCGGGGCGGUCUUGUACGACCAAUUCCAGCCGCACAGGGAUCGGGGUCAAGCUUCGGUGGCACGGCGGGCAGCGCUGAGCAUGUCGAUAGCAGUACCAGUGAUUCGUGGGGCCGAGGAGGAAGACGAAGCGGCAGCCGACCAGAAAGUAAAUUUGACGAAGAUGAAUUCCUCCCUUUUGCGAUGGAAAGGAGCGAUUUCAAUACUACUGGCAGAUCUGAUCCACCAGGUGCCAGCGAAAGAUGAGUUUUCUUCAAUAUCACAUAUUACGAUGACGACCUCAAUACCUCCACAUGAUCCGGUGUAUGGAAUAGAACGACACCGGUGAUAGGUUUGCAAUUUUUUUCUUUUCCACGGCGUUUCUGCGUGGAUUGGCUUCGCAUGUGCAUUUCCAUGAUGACUGUUGAUUUAUACCUGUCGAGACUUGGAUGAAGGGAUUGUUUUAGUCGUGACAGGCUAUUUGAGCGUUUCAGCGCGAAAUGUUCUCCGUCAUGCAAUUGCUCCAAGUGUUUGUUUUGGAUGAGACCAAUCACGGGGUUGGUUGGUGCAGCAGCUCAACGAAGGGUCACUGAAUUGGUCAUGCAGCAUUGAGAUUCAACAAGUCGCGAGGCUGUAUGUAUGUGAUCGGCGUCAGAGCUUAGUUGAGGCGUCCACGUACAGGGGUGGCUUUCUUGCAUCUCAUCUCUUGAGAUUCCCAUCGGGUUGUGCUUUGGUUUAUCUGGACGGUCAAAUCAAGAGGAAGUCGGUUCACACGGUACCAGGACGGUAUAAGAAUGGUGUGUCGGUGUGAUAUACUAUUUGUACGUGUAGGUAAUAUGGACAAGACUUGAACCCAAGGGCGGAGGCUGGUUUGCAGGACAAAGUGACCCUGGGUACACACAAGUACGAGUGUUUACUCUUACUCUGUUGGGGACAAAUGGAUGACGGGGAAAGGGGGAAAUGAACUGGCUAUUAGACUGUGAUGAUAUAACUCUGUAGCAAGCGAUUGAAAUCCGAGUUGACAUUUACUUGAGUUGCAA